GUUACGAAUCGUAUAAACAACACAUGGAAUUCAACAUUGAAUUUUAAGAAAAAAACGUGUUUCUUUUGACCAAAAAAAAAACGUGAAAAUGACUUCAUUUUUAAGAUAAAUUAACAUUUAAUAACGGGAAAAAGAAAUUUGAUUAAUUUACUCAAAUUUUCUUGAUUUAAUAAAGAAUAACAUUAUUGAAAUAAAAGUUAACCUUAAAAAAAUGGUGAAGGAAGUAUAUCGAGAAACAGACGUUGCCCGAAAGAUAUCGGAGGUAUCUUUCGGUGUCGACAGUCGACAUAAUAUGGGAAAACAAGCUCAUCUUCACGUCGUCGCCAAGAAUUUAUAUUGUCAAGAUGGUAAUCGAACCCCUGUUACUUAUGGUGUUUUGGAUAAAAGAAUGGGAACUUCGUCAAAUUCAACAAAUUGUACAACUUGUGGUAAAACGUUGAAUGAAUGUAUUGGUCAUUUUGGAUACAUUGAUCUUGAAUUACCAGUAUUUCAUAUCGGUUAUUUUCGAUCAAUUAUUGGAAUCUUGCAGUCAAUUUGUAAAAAAUGUUCUUCCGUAAUGUUAAUCAAGGAUAUUAAAAAGAAUUAUUUAAAUCGUGUACUAAAUCCAAAUUUAGAUUAUUUAAGUCGUAAAGCAUUAAGAAAACAAAUUCUUGAGAAGGCAAAAAAAACAAGCGUUUGUCCAUCAUGUGGCGAACAAAAUGGAACUGUGAAGAAAGCAGGUUUAUUAAAAAUUGUUCAUGAAAAAUUUAAGGGCAAAAAAAGUACUGAUUUAGUUUUACAGGAGAAAUUGGCCGAAUAUCGAAAUGCCGUGGAAGAUAAUAAAGAAUUGGAAAGUAUUUUACAAAGUGGACUCGUCAAUGUUUUAAAUCCGUUGGAGGUACAAAAUUUAUUUGAACGCAUUCCAGAGAAUGAUGUACCACUUUUGUUAAUGAAUUCAAAUUGUGCACAUCCAAAAGAUUUGAUAUUAACGCGAAUUCCAGUACCACCGAUUUGCAUUCGACCUGGCGUUGAAUCUGAUUUAAAAGCAGGAACAAAUGAAGAUAAUUUAACAAUGAAAUUAAGUGAAAUUGUUUUUAUUAAUGAUAUUAUACAAAAACAUCGUGUAAGUGGAUCGAGAGUACAAAUGUACAAUGAGGCAUGGGAAUUUUUACAAUUACAUUGUGCACUUUAUAUUAAUAGUGAAGUCUCGGGAAUACCUCUUAAUAUGCAACCGAAAAAAUCAGGAAGAGGUCUUGUUCAACGUUUAAAGGGUAAACAGGGACGUUUUCGUGGUAAUUUGUCGGGUAAAAGAGUUGAUUUUUCAAGUAGAACUGUCAUUUCACCGGAUCCAAAUCUUCGAAUUGAUCAAGUUGGAGUUCCGGUACAUGUGGCAAAAAUUCUUACAUAUCCGGUAAGAGUAAAUAAAGCGAACAUUGAAUUAAUGCGAAAAUUAAUUCAAAAUGGUCCCGAUAUUCAUCCUGGUGCGAAUUUUAUUCAAAAUACAAAAUCAAAGCAAAAACGAUAUUUAAAAUUUGUUAAUAAACAAAAAGUUGCACAAGAUUUACAGUACGGUGAUAUAAUUGAAAGACAUUUAUGUGACGAUGAUGUUGUUCUAUUUAAUCGUCAACCGUCUUUACAUAAACUUUCAAUAAUGGCCCACAAAGCAAAAGUAAUGGAACAUCGUACAUUUAGAUUCAAUGAAUGUGUUUGUACGCCCUAUAAUGCUGAUUUUGAUGGCGAUGAAAUGAAUUUACAUUUGCCACAAACUGAAGAAGCAAGAGCCGAAGCUUUAGUUUUAAUGGGGAAUAAAUCAAAUUUGGUGACACCACGAAAUGGAGAAUUAAUAAUUGCAGCGACACAGGAUUUUAUAACUGGUGGUUAUUUGUUAACGCAAAAGGAUACAUUCUUAACUAAAACACAAGCAUUUCAAUUGGCUGGUUCUUUAGUGUCGGGUGUUGAUUCAAAUUUAGAAAUUGAUUUACCACGACCGGCAAUUAUUAAACCUUAUGAAAUGUGGACGGGAAAACAAAUUUUCAGUUUAAUUUUAAAACCAAAUCGCGCUACUACGAUUAAAGCGAAUCUUAAGGCAAAAGGAAAGGCAUACACUUGCAAUGAAGAAUUAUGCAUCAAUGAUUCGUACGUUAUAAUUCGUAACUCAGAACUUAUUGCUGGAUCAAUGGAUAAAACAACAAUGGGUUCUGGAUCGAAGCAAAAUAUUUUUUAUGUUUUGUUACGCGAUUGGGGUGAAGAUGCUGCGACAAUUGCAAUGUGGCGUUUAUCAAGAAUGACGAGUCUUUAUUUAAUGAAUAGAGGUUUUUCAAUUGGAAUCGGUGACGUUACACCUGGUCAGGGUUUAUUGAAGGCAAAACAUGAACUUCUACAAGCUGGUUAUUCGAAAUGUACGGAAUAUAUUCAUCAAAUGGAUGAAGGACGUUUAUCGUGUCAACCAGGUUGUUCCGAAGAGGAAACACUCGAGGCAAUGAUAUUGAAGGAACUUUCAGUUAUUCGUGAUCAUGCCGGUAAAGCGUGUUUAAAAGAACUUCAUCCCAGUAAUAGUCCACUUAUUAUGGCAUUGUCUGGCUCAAAAGGAAGUUUUAUCAAUAUAUCACAAAUGAUAGCAUGUGUGGGACAACAGGCUAUUAGUGGUAAACGUGUACCCGAUGGAUUUGAAGAUCGUGCAUUGCCUCAUUUUGAGAAAUUUUCUAAAAUACCAGCAGCAAAAGGAUUUGUGCAAAAUUCCUUUUAUUCAGGAUUAACACCGCCGGAAUUUUUCUUUCAUACAAUGGGCGGUAGAGAAGGUCUUGUUGAUACAGCGGUGAAAACUGCUGAAACUGGUUACAUGCAAAGAAGAUUGGUGAAAAGUUUAGAGGACUUAUGUUUACAAUAUGAUUUAACUGUGAGAAAUUCCGUUGGCGAUAUUGUUCAAUUUAAAUACGGUGCCGAUGGUCUCGAUCCUACUUACAUGGAAGGUAAAGAUUGUCCGGUUGAUUAUAAACGUGUUCUUGAUCAUGUGAGAGCAAUGUCAUCCUAUAGAGAUGAAACACCGCUUGAACCAAUGAAAAUUAAAAAAGCAGCUGAGGAAUUGCUCAAGACGGAGGAAUAUUUAUGUCUUAGUGAUGAAUUUAAAGAAGAGUUGAAGGAUUUCAUGACCUCAGUGGCAAAGAAAGUUGGUAAAAUACGAACGAAUAUGACAACGAAAAUACCAGUGAAAUUGGAACUUGAACGUUUGACACUAUCGCAAUUAGUUGAAUUUAUUCAUACGUGUAAGGAAAAAUAUAUGCGAGCAACAGUUGAACCAGGAACGGCUGUUGGAGCAUUAGCGGCGCAAAGUAUUGGUGAACCAGGAACGCAAAUGACGUUAAAAACUUUUCAUUUUGCUGGCGUUGCUUCAAUGAAUAUUACACAGGGUGUACCGCGAAUAAAGGAAAUUAUAAAUGCUAAUCCAAAAAUCAGUACACCUAUUAUUACUGUAGCUUUGGAAAUUGACACGGAUCCGGAAUUUGCAAGAAGAGUAAAGGGAAGAAUCGAGAAAACAACAUUGGGAGAAGUUUGUGAAUAUAUUGAAGAAGUCUAUCUUCCGGAUGAUUGUUUUCUUUUAAUAAAACUCGAUACGGAUAGAAUUAAUUUAUUAAAACUUGAAGUGGACGCUGAAUCAAUUCGAUAUUCGAUUUGCACCUCGAAAUUGAAAAUCAAUCCUAAAUUAGUUAAUGUUCAGGGAGAUUCGAUAAUUACAGUGAAUCCAACAAAACAAAAACAAAGUCUUAGUGUUGCUCUAACGAAUCUUAAAGAACAAUUAGGCAACGUUGUUAUAAAGGGACUUGCAUCGGUGAAUAGAGCUGUAAUUCACAAUGAUGAUUCGAGUGGACAGACAAAAUAUAAAUUAUUUGUUGAAGGCGAUAACAUGCGAGAAGUAAUGGCAACGCCCGGUGUUCUUGGGAAAAAAACAACUUCAAAUAAUACCAUUGAAGUUUUUCGAACAUUGGGAAUUGAAGCUGCGAGAGCGACAAUUAUGAAUGAAAUUAAAUUAGUGAUGGAAAAUCAUGGUAUGAGUAUUGAUAGACGUCAUCCUAUGUUAGUUGCCGAUUUAAUGACAAGCCGAGGUGAAGUUCUUGGAAUAACAAGACAAGGUUUAGCAAAAAUGAAGGAAUCAGUUUUAAAUUUGGCUUCGUUUGAAAAAACAGCUGAUCAUUUAUUUGACGCAGCUUAUUAUGGACAGAAAGAUACAAUUUGCGGUGUUUCAGAAUCAAUUAUCAUGGGAAUUCAAGUUCCGGUUGGAACUGGAAUUUUUAAACUUCUUCACAAAGCUAACAAGGACGAACCACAGAAACGAAGUUUAAUUUUCGAUGAUCCUCAAUUUCACGAUAGAAAAUGUUAAAUUGAAUAUUUUUUUAAAUUUUUAAUUUAAAAAAAUGUGUACUGUACAAAAUUUGAUUUUAAUUUAGAAAUUUUUAAGAUAGGUAAAUAAAAUUUUGUAUAAAUUAGAAAAUAAAUAUAUAUGAAAUUUAAAAUUAUAA